AUGAAUCUUUUUUGUUCCAUGUUGGGUACAACAGCUUUCUCGCUAAGUGGGAGAGCGAUCUCGCUUUUUUUGCUAAAGCUGGGAUGCUCCCCUGGGCUUUCCUUGGCCAUUGGAUUUGCUGUGAAAGCUCUUCUCACUUCGGGGGUCGAAGCAAAUAUGAUGAAUCCGUCGGAGUCUGGGGGAAACUCUUCGGCCUCCAAAAAUUAUUGGGAGGAGUGGGACAUCGACUUCCUGCUCGAGACGACAUCAUCAGAAAAUCAAAGUGAGGGGACCAGUCAGCCCGAAGCAGGUCCAUCUAAUCAAAGGGAGGGGACCAGUCAGCCCGAAGCAGGUCCAUCUAAUCAGACCCUCCCUGUGGUCCCCUAUCCGUAUCAAUCGGAUGAAGAAAUCGGGGGCGAUUGCGUUCGCUCGAUUCAGCGACGCCUGUUAUCAAAAACGAGAAAUCCCACUUCCCACGACAUCCAAAUGGCCCAUCUUACGGCCCAAGACCUUUUCGAAGUAAAAGUGGACAUUAUCCGCGAAAUGGCCGUCCUUGAUCCAACGGGAGAUUGGCUGGGACGGGGUGCGCGAGCGCUGGAUAAUCCUCGUACCGCCACUGGCGAAGCAUCCCUCCAAAAGCUACAUGAACAAUUAGCAGAGAUACGCCAAAACGGCGUUCACUCCCAUACCUUUAAUGCCUUAAAAAAGAAGGUCGCAUUAAAGAGAAAGAUCGAUCUCGAUGAUGAUGACUCCAUAGCUUAG